AUAAAAUAAAAUAAAAUAAAGUAGUAACAGAUAAAUACAAAAUUCAUGAACAAAAGUCAUAACUUCUCGUUAAAUAGAUGAAGUUUAUAACAUUAAAGCAUAUGAUAAUACAUGACAUACAGUAUGUGUAUGUGUAAACAGUGAACAGCAGAAACUGUGAUGACUUUACUCUGCUGCAUUGGUAAUUCAGCUAUGUCAGCAUGGUGAUCUAUCAUAAAAUACCACAGUUACCACAGUUACCUGUUUCACAUACUACUCAGUACAGUUGUACACACCAUGGUUUCCAUGACAGCCUCUGGAAAGCCCCACCCACAGUGGGUCUAGAGGUCAGCCUUUAUAAAGCCCAAAUGAUCUGUUUUCUGAUACUUCCACUGGUGGUGCAUUAAUUUCACUAAACAUUUAAUUUACACAAAACACACACACAAAAUAGAUACACACAUGCUCUGACUGGCGCUCUGACCAUUCACCCAUCCUCAACUCCCACAGCCACAUGGCUCAUCAGGGUCAACAUCACAAAUCACUUAACUGUCCUGAGGAAAACGAUGAGACACGGAGUGAGGAGUUCCAAUCUGGACUUCUCCUAGCACCAAAGACCUCUCUCAAUCACUCUGUUGCCCUAAGCAAGGUGGUGCAAGGACAGACUUUUAGCCACCAACACAACCCUAUGAGGCCCAGUCUUACCCAGUCCUGUGUAAAAUUGAUCCAGCAUGAUCAAUUAACCAGACCCUGCCAACAGGUCCUGUACCCCAACCAAGUUGAUAGUGACAGAAGACAUCUGGGGGUUCAUCGUGGCUGGCACUACCCCACCUACAAUAGCAGAAGUCCUGGAGGAGGUCAAACAAGCAGUCUACCAUCGUACUUGCCCUCUACUGAGUACCAGACUUACCUGGGGGCUGGCUGUGUUUUUCCCAGUUGGCAUCACUCCCAUCCAGGUACACACAGCCUCAGCCUCAACAGUCUAGAACAGCCUGGCUCUCUGCACUCUUUUCUCACAGCUGGAUCUUCCGUACACACCAACCAGUUGAUGCCAUUACCUGACCUCCACUAUGGUCCAGUUCCACACCAAGUAGACCCUCAGGAUUAUCUCAUCCCCAGGCCUGGAUAUCAGCUGCCCCACAGAUUCAAAGAUCCUGAGCUAUUAGGAUACACAGAUCCAGGUAGCACUAAAAAUGGUGCUGUUUCUUGCAGACCUGGCCAGAAAAGUCCCUGCAGCACACAGCUUUCUCAGGAACAGAGAAAAGUGUUUGUUACAUAUGAGGUGGACAGCGAAGAUCAUCUUAAAGAGGUCAUCAAGUUUGUGGCCUUGUUGAGGAACAAUGGCUUUGACACACACAUUGAUGUUUUUGAACAGCAGCUCUACAGCAUCAGUAAGAUUGAUUGCAUGGAAAGAUAUCUCAAUGAGAAAGAUUACAUGAUUAUCAUGGUCAUUAGUCUGAAGUAUUUUGAGACAGUAAAAGGUGCUGGUGUAGGUGUGGACUGUGAUGAGAGGACCUCAAACACUGUGUACAUCCACAAGCAGCUUCAGAGUGAAUUCAUUCAGAAUGGCUGCAGAAACUUCAGGGUUGUUCCUGUGCUUUUUCCUGGGGCUAAAAAGAGCCACGUUCCCUUUUGGCUGCAGAACACAUAUCUGUACAGCUGGCCUGGGGACCAGGACGAUAUUCUGCGCCGGCUCAUGCGAGUGGAGAAGUACAACCCUCCACCUGUCGGCUCACUGCCCACCAUCUUCUCCACGCCUAUCUAACUAGCCCAGACGCAGUAGGGACAACAACAACAGUGCAGCAGUGUCUUAAAACUAAAAUUUGGCCAGCUGUAUGAUGGGACAUGCACAGUCAGUAUAGAUACAGGUGUUAAAUGUCAUGCU